AUGCCUCACGUCCCUCCUUCGGGCGUCUGGUGCCCUGCUGUCAGCUUUUUCAACCAUGACUCCGAUUCCCUUGAUCUUGAUGCCCAGUCUAAAUACUUCGCCUACCUUUCCACAACCGGUCUCGCUGGCCUGGUCAUCCUCGGAACAAAUUCCGAAGCCUUCCUUUUGACCCGCGAAGAGCGAGCCCAACUCAUCUCCACUGCACGCGCCGCCGUUGGCCCCGACUUCCCCCUUAUGGCUGGUGUGGGCGCUCACUCCACCAAGCAAACCCUCGAGCUCGCCCAGGAUGCCGCCGAUGCUGGUGCCAACUACCUACUCGUCUUGCCCCCAGCCUACUUCGGCAAGGCCACCAACAUGAAUGUCGUGAAGCGCUUCUUCUCUGAAGUUGCCGCCAAGUCCCCGCUGCCCGUCGUAUUGUACAACUUCCCCGGUGUGUGCAACGGCGUUGACAUGGACUCUGAGACGAUCGUCGCCAUUACCCGCGAAUCGGCCUCCAAGCGAAAUGGCCAGUCCAACGUGGUCGGUGUCAAGCUGACCUGCGGCUCCGUGGGUAAGAUUACCCGUCUAUCCGCAACCUUCUCACCCGAGGAAUUCGCAACAUUCGGUGGCCAGUCCGACUUCCUCAUUGGUGGUCUCGCUGCUGGUAGCGCUGGAUGCAUCGCUGCUUUUGCCAAUGUAUUCCCCAAGACAGCUUCGAAGGUGUAUGGAUUGUACGCAAAGGGCCAAUUCGACGAGGCGCGCAAGCUGCAAGGCAAGGCGGCGCUGGCCGAAAGCCCCAUCAAGAGUGGCAUCGCGUCGACAAAGUUCGCUGUCGCAACGUGGACAGCUCCUCUGGCUGGCAUCCAGGGUGCUGAAGAGAAGUUAGCACCCCGUCACCCUUACGAGCCCGUGGGUGAGCCAUCCAAGAAGGCUGUGCGGGAGGUGAUGGCGGAGGUUGGCGUGCUGGAGAAGAGCCUGUAA